AUGCCUGACAAGUCAAUGCAUUUCAAGUCUGAAAGUUGCAUUGGAGGUAAGCACAGCAAAGUCCGCCUGACUGGAAUGGCAGCUGCCAGUGCUGUUGGAGAAAAGCUUGCCCAUAAACGAAAGGUUGCUCUUGUUUUCGACAAGUGUCCAGCACAUCCAGAAGUAGAAAACCUGAAAGCAAUCAAGCUUGUGUUCCUGCCGCCAAACACAACAUCUAAGACACAGCCAACGGAUCAAGGGGUAAUCCGAAGUUUAAAGGCAAAGUACCGAACAGUUUUGGUGCAGAAAUACAUCAGAGAAAUUGAUCAACAAAAGUCUCUACCAAAAAUUAGCAUUUUGGAUGCAAUGGACAUAUUAGCCGCAUCAUGGUCUAUGGUAUCUGAAACGACAAUCGUUAACUGCUUUGCCAAAGCUGGCCUUUCUUCCAAAAAUCAACAUCAAGCAGCAUCAGAUGAAGAUGACCCUUUUAAAGACUUGGUGGAAGAAUUGACGAAACUGUAA